AUGUCUUCCAUUUGGCGUUGCUUACAGAUCGCUCCUGAAGAGCUUAGGCUAGAAACUACACUAAAAUGUGGACAAUCCUUCCGCUGGAAAGUUUCGGGAGAAAAUGAAUGUUGUUCUACAGCAUCAAAUAUAUUCUUUAGAACUUAUCCUACAAUUUCGUCUUCAACAUCAUCGCAACCAGAACAAACAACUCGGCAGAUAGAAAAAGAUUUGGAUAGUGUGUAUAAAUUUCUCUACGAUUAUUUUCAAUUAAAUUUAAAUCUGAGUGAAUGCUACGCUCGCUGGAGUGCUGCCGAUCCAAACUUUGCCAAGGUGGCGCAACAGUUUCAGGGAAUUCGAAUAUUGAGACAAGAUCCGGUUGAGAAUUUGAUUUGUUUUAUCUGUUCCUCUAAUAAUAAUAUCAGCAGGAUUUCGCAGAUGGUUGAGAAAUUAUGUCGUAAGUACGGUAAAAAGAUAUAUGCGCUCAACAACGAAGAUUAUUACGAUUUCCCCACUCUUGAGAAACUGGCGGGAUCGAACGUAGAAGAAGAAUUGAAGAAACUAGGAUUUGGUUAUCGUGCAAAAUACAUAAGUCAAACAGUCCAUUAUAUAUUCAAUAAUAUAUCUGAUGGAGAGAAAUGGUUAUUCUCGUUACGAAAUGCAAGUUAUAGGGAUGCACACUCGUCGCUUUUGCAAUUAUCUGGCGUUGGGCCUAAAGUUGCAGAUUGCGUUUGCUUGAUGUCUCUCGAUAAACAGGAUGCCAUACCUGUAGACACUCACGUCUGGCAAAUUGCAAAGCGUGAAUAUGGGUUUGAUAGUAAACCGGGAAAAUCACCAAAAACUUUAACUAAUCGAAUGUAUGAAGAAAUUGGUGACCAUUUUCGUACUUUAUUUGGAAAUUAUAGUGGUUGGGCACAUUCCGUCUUAUUUGCGGCAGAUUUAAAAGUUUUCGAAAGUCGACGUGAAGAUGUAUCGGUGAAUGAUAGCAAGUCGGAGGAUGCUGGAUCAAUACCGUUGGAUAAGACAUUUUCAUCAACUAAAAAGACCUUGAUCUCGGUCAAACAGAAAAAUAAAGAUUUGCUGAUAGAACCUAACAAUCCAUUAUACAUACGAAACUUCAGCACAACACAUCCAGAUUUGAAGUAUCAUUACAUUGCGCAUACUUCAUGUGAUGUUAUCGAGGAACGAGUGACUUCUGGGCCGAAAACCACAGACGCUUAUCUCGGUCUUUUAUACGCAAUGGAAGAUCUAGCUGUAUAUGGUUACUUGACUAAUACACGAGUGAAAUUUGUAAUUGUGUUAGCAGUUCCAGAUACCAUAAUCAAAGACAGUGACAUGAAAAGCGUAUGG